CAGUUCAGGAGCAAGAGCAACAACCCAUCUGCAGCCAACAUGAGCAACACCAGCAUGAACAUGAGGGGCAAAAUCAUCUUCUACGAGGAGAGGAACUUCCAGGGUCGCUCCUAUGAGUGCAUGAGCGACUGCUCUGACAUGUCCUCCUACCUGAACAGGUGCCACUCCUGCAGGGUGGAGAGCGGCUGCUUCAUGGUCUACGACCGCUCCAACUACAUGGGAAACCAGUAUUUCAUGAGGAGGGGCGAGUACGCUGACUACAUGAGCAUGAUGGGAAUGAGAGAAUGCAUCAGGUCUUGCCGUAUGAUCCCCAUGCACAGAGGCCAGUUCAGGAUGAGGAUCUACGAGAGGGAGAACUUCGGUGGUCAGAUGCAUGAGCUGAUGGAGGACUGCGACAACAUCAUGGACCGCUACCGUAUGAACGACUGCAUGUCCUGCAACGUGAUGGACGGCCACUGGCUGAUGUACGAGCAGCCCCAAUUCAGAGGCAGGAUGAUGUACCUGAGGCCCGGAGAGUACAGGAGCUUCAGGGAGAUGGGCAUGAGUGGCACCAGGUUCAUGAGCAUGAGGCGCAUCAUGGACAUGUGCUAGACAUUUCCAUUUUGAAAUAAAAAAUUGGGCUCAUGAUUGCUAUGAGGUUCGUGAGCUCGAGGCGUAUCAUCAACUUUUGCUACUAAAUGCUCACUGAAUGUAUAAAAUA